AUGGGCAUAUGGCGGCGGAAAGCUGCCUCUGGCGAUGACAAUGGCCAGAUGGGAGAACGGCGCCAAUGGUUUUCCUAUGGCGCGAUGAAGAAGGCGAAAGAAUUGGAGAAAGACAACGAGGCGCCAGCCACAGCGAAAGUAGCGGAAGCUACAUCAGGGCACCCAAGAUGGAGGCUUGGUGGUUUGCGGCCGAUGUCCGGGGUCAUGGUGCUGCCAUACCGAUCGUGGCACACAACAGGGUGUCGUCGUCAGCUGCCCGAGGACCGAAUCGCUCCCGCCGACACCAACAAAAAGAGGAUCCAGGCUCCCUUCUUGAGAAAAAACGCCGAGGCGUCCAUCAGGGGGGAGAGGCGUUUCUACUUGCCGAUGGCAUCGCAGACAACAGCGGAGAAGAAGGGGCGCAUCAAGCCGCGGUGGGCUUGGUGCCGAUACUUCACCGUGGUGAGGAUUUCGACCUAUCACAUCUCCCGGCAGGCCUUGGGGAUGUCGAGCAGGAUGGAGGUGCAGUGUUGCCGCCGGGUCUCUUCGGAUAUUUGGGUGAAGAGGGGGGAAAGGUGGAGGAAGAGAGGGUGGCGGAGGCCCGGAUGCCCACCAUCGGCGCCACCGAUGUGGUACCGCGUCCCGAGGUACGCUCUGGAGGUGUCCAUCAGGGAGGGGAGGCGUGUCUACCUGCCGACGCCAUCGGAGACCACCGCGGAGGAGAAGGGGGGCGGCAAGCCGCGGUGGGCUUGCUGCCGACACUUGACCAUGGGGGGGGAGGCGUGUCUACCUGCCGACGCCAUCGGAGACAACCGCAGAGGAGAAGGGGGGCGGCAAGCCGCGGUGGGCUUGAUGGCGACGCUUGCUGCCAACACCACCGAAGUCCGCCAUGAUGAGCAGGCAGAAUCAUCACAUCGCCCAGCACGCUUUGGAGAUCGUGCGCAAGGGGGUGGUGGGGCAGUGUUGCCAACGGGCCUCUUCGGGUAUCUUGGUGAAGAAGAGGAGAAGGUGGAGGAGGAAGAGGUAGUGGAGUCGGCACACACAUCCAACCUCACAACCGGACACGCGGGGCAAGAGCAGGGGACUCUGCUACCCGCCGGCCUUCUCGGCUUUCUGGGGGGCGUGGAGGAGGGAGAGGCGGCGCCUCGAGUUGGUCAAUCAUGCGAGACGAGCCGUCAGCACCAGGAAGGGCGGCAGCAUGAACCAAUCAUGCUGCGAGAGAGGAUGCAGGCCGGCAACGAUCGGGUGGGGCACCGCGAGAGUGCGGCCGGGUGGUGGAUGGCCGAAGAGAAAGGUUCGUACGUGGCGGCCGCUGGCUUUAGUCGGAUCGAGAGCAAGCCACGGGACGAACGCUUCUCAGGCGAAGUCUGUUCCGGAAGGACGAUCGGUGCUACCGCAGACCAGGGCAUGCGGGCGGAGGCGACGGGCUUGGAGGGCCGUGCUAUGCGGGCUGAGGGGCGUGUCGAUAUGUUCGAUCACCGUCUUGAGGUUGGCGUUGGGGAGCACCUCUGGACGAAGGAGGACAAGACAUGUGAAGACGUGGCCGUCGGCAUGCGACAGGAGCAGCUUGUGUUGCAGAACAUGGACGGCAUGGCAUCGCAUACUCUAGAGGCCAAGGCUGAAGGCAAGGGUCCGCCGUUGCGACCACCGAUGAAGCGGGUCCAGACGCUGAAUUCCAUCCUAGAUGACUCGCCGUCGGGGACCGCCGCAGGCAAGGGACCGUCAGCAGCGACGGCUCGGGACGGCAGCAUGGCGUCGAUGGCGUUAGAGGCCAAGGCCGAGGUGAAGGGAGAGGAGUUGAAGCCGGUUCAGGGUCUUCAGGCCUUCUCGCGAGGCGUUCGGGCGGAGGGUGAAGCUCUUCCGUGUUUUCCGGAGGGUCGAUCCGCGACGGUCGCGGCGGGAGGGCUACUGUCGACGGCCGGGCCGGGAGACGGGCCCUUGGUCCGCGCGCCGUCCGUGGGACAGACUGACCGAGCUGACGAGCAGACUCGUCAGUCGGCUUUGACGAGUCUGUCGAGGCAAGUCGGGCAGGGAUGGCGACAAAGGGGUAGCAUCAGGCGCCUAUUCCUGGCCAACCUCGCUGAAGUGUGUGCCUCCGGUCAGGUGCAGAGCUUCGCGGUCAAUGCCCUGAAGACCGCGGACAUGCCUAUGGUGCUCGCGCAACCGCUUGGGUACGGGUCGUUCGGACGAGUGGACGACGUGUCGUACGCCAGCCUCCCCGGCCAGUCGUUCGCCAUGAAGACCGUGACACAGGCCGCCAGUAUGUCGGCGAGGUUCUGUGCGUUGGUGGAGAUGACGGUGUUCGCACGGCUGGCGCGAACCCCUCACCAAAAUGUGCUCGGUGCGCUGUCAAUGGACGACGACAGCGACCUGAUGCCGAUACUAUUACCCAAAGCUCGGUGCGACUUGGGGUCGUACAUCAACUCCGACACCCAUGGCCUUGGGGACAAACUAAGGCUGGUGGUUGACCUUGCGAGAGGGGCCCACCAUAUGCACUCCAUGGGAUUGGUUCACCGGGAUAUCAAGCCGGGAAACGUCUUGGUAUUUGAGUCGGAGGGGCACGGGCUGCAUGCCAAGCUGGCGGACUUCGGGUUCGCCGCAGAAAUCGGGGAGAGGUGUCCGGGGGGAAUGGGCACGUCGGGGGCCAUGGCCUUCGAGACCAUGUCGGCGGAUCCAGUGUUGGGUGCACCGGCGCAAGACGUGGUUUCGGUGGCUGUCGUGCUCUUGAUGGUUUGCUUGAAGAGGGAGCGGAGGUGCUCAAACCUCUUCACGCAGCAGCUGGGGUACUUUGCUGCCCGGCAAAGAGUGUAUCGAACUUGCGUCGGCACAAGACAGGAGCUCAGAACGGCUGACGAGACGGCUAGGCUGGAGGUCUUGCUGGAGCGCGCGAGAGUCGGCCGGGAUGUCUCGCACGAGACCAAAAUCUUGGAGUUCGAGGUUUCCAGGAGGACGAUGGCAGACGGGUCUUUCAUGGCGUGGCUUGCACCCGACAAGCUUGACCCGACGCUUGAAUCGUCCGAGAAGCUUGUCGGGGUACUCCCGUCCCUCCUGGCGGUCGACCCUGAGACCAGGGAAGACAUGGAAUUUCUCGUCCAGUUUACCUCCCACCUCGCCGAAGUGAACAAGGGUUCAGAACAACCCGUGGAGGAGCCCGGGCGUGGGGGAUAG